UGUAAGAGAGGUAGUAUGUGACUUCCCUCUCCAGACUCUUCCGACACUGAAUACAUAUCCACGAAGGAAAAUAUAACAUAUUAAUCUGAGCUUGAGAUGACGGUGUUUGCGUGCAACAAUACUUCACGAAUGAAAGACUAGUGUAAUUGUUAGUAUGGUUAUCGUGCCUCAGCUCAAGAAUGAUGGUGUUUUGACUGAUUGUAGCAGCGUUCGAGUAACAGGAGCGUGAGAUAAGGGGUGACCCCUGUGACGUCAGGUCAAGAGAAGGAGCCAGGAAGUGCCAGAGCUCCAAGAGGCACUGAGCAAUCUUAACAGUGCUAGAAAUCGCUGGUUGAAUGGUAAAGAUGAGGCUGUGGUGCCUGUGGACUUGUGGAGAACUUCAAUAUGAAGCCAACGACUUCAAAAUUAGGCCGGUGACUUGAAAAUUAAGCCGGUGACUUCAGAAUUAAGCCGGUGCCUUCAAAAUUAAGCCGGUGACUUCACCAUUAAGCCGGUGACUUCAAAAUUAAGCCGGUGACUUCAACAUUAAGCCGGUGACUUCAACAUUAAGCCGGUGACUUCAAAAUUAAGUCUGUGACUUCAAAAUUAAGCCGGUGACUUCAAAAUUUAACCGAUGACGUCAAAUUUAAGCCAGUGCCUUUAAAAUGAGAUAGUAACUUCAAAAUAAAGCCGGUGACUUCAAAAUAAAGCCGGUGACUUCAAAAUAAAGCCGGUGACUUCAAAAUAAAGCCGGUGACUUCAAAAUAAAGCCGGUGACUUCAAAAUAAAGCCGGUGACUUCAAAAUAAAGCCAGUGACUUCAAAAUAAAGCCAGUGACUUCAAAAUAAAGCCGGUGACUCAGUGUAUCAAGGCAAAUAAAAACCUUCACUAAAAUUAAUUUAAAAAAAUACCUUCAUAUUAAAAAGACUAAAAAACAUAAAAAAACAUAAAACAGAAACGUUUGCUUUCAAGGCGAAGUUUUAACAGCUGUUUAAAUUAAUUGACAUGCAGCUCAAACAUUGUGUGUUUGGUGUUUUACUGUGCUAGUGUUGCCGUGAAUUAUGUAUGAAUUACGUUUGUGUAAACGACUUAAGUCUUGUGGGUGGAGGCUCGAUCCUCAGGCCAUUUUGCGCCAGCCACGAUAACUAGCUGUACUUACCUGGAGACACACACGCGCGCCUCCUCUCAACAGGUCCAGGACCGAACAUUAAAAUGGUAUAAAAUACCGACAGGUUGUUAGGUAAGACACAUAUGCAACAGUUAGGUAUCUUAAUUUCGAAACGUUUCGCCUACACAGUAGGCUUCUUCAGUCGAGUACAGAAAAGUUGAUAGAAGCAGAAGAUACUUGAAGACGAUGUAAUCAGUCCAUCACCCUUAAAGUUUUGAGGUGGUCAGUCCCUCAGUCUGGAGAAGAGCAUUGUCGGUCCACCCAAGAAGCCGCUACAUAGACUCCACCGUAAUAACAAACGUGUUUGGGUCCGUAAGACUCGGACGCAAAAAAACGAGCAGUAAAAGCCGAGAGAAAGGUCACUGUGAAAUACACGGGGUUUAAAAGACCCGGGAAUAACGAACGUCUGCCACGUACGAAAGCAACGGAGGAGGAAGUGCGUGGUUCUGACUCUCACCGACGCUGGGCGCUUGAAAAGCUAAGUGUCUGACGAAUGGGCGAUUUCCUAGCCCUUAAAACGUGGCGUGAAGAAUCGUCUAUACACAUUACUCUGAUUAUGCAAACUAAAUGCAGAUGAGAGUCAACGGUGGACAGCUGUUGCAGAUACCAUCUGCAACACACACAUGCACACACAUAUACAACAUUCACUCAAACGCACAUGUCUACAUAGUGUUAGACUGAAUAUAUAACUGAACUACGCAGAUGGUUGGUGUUGACGGGGCUCCCUCCGGCCUACAUCUAUAUUUAAUAUUAGGCUGAGGUGCCCGAAAAGACUUGGGUACUUCAAGAGACUAAUAUUAGACAUGCCCAAAAUACUGGCAUUAAAGUGGAGUAGAUUCGUAAGUUUAGCACUAAAGUGAGAACCUUAAAAGGUCGGUAUCUUCAGAGUGGAGGGCGCCCGCAUUCCCGUACACAGCCUCUUCCCGAUGGUGAAAGCGUGAGGCGGCCGCCCUCUGGCGGUAGUGUGGGCGUGAGGCGGCCGCCCAUUGGUGGUGGUGUGGGCGUGAAGUGGCCACACGCCCACAAGAAUGGAUCAUCUGCCACUUACCUUGAUGCUGAAGCUGCCGCUGCUUCUGCUGUUUCUCUGCUGCGUGGCUCUCAACCUCGUCUGCUGCCUUAACAUUGGUCAGUGUGACGUGGCUCUGGGUAUGCAGUCUGGCGUUAUCCCUGACGAACACGUCUCCGCCUCCUCCUACUUCGACGCCGCCGUCAACGCCAUCUAUGGGAGAGCUCACGUGGAGGUGGCUGGAGGUGCUUGGUGCCCCCGUCAGAUCAUCUACAAGGAGGGCGUGGAGUACCUGGAGGUGUAUCUGGGGGAGGAACACGUCGUCACUAAGGUGGAGGUGCAGGGCAGGUUCGGUAAUGGCCAGGGCAAGGAAUAUGCUGAGAGUACGGGUUUACAGUACUGGAGACCUGGACAAGACCACUGGAUCACCUACGUCGAUGGUCAAGGGACCGAGUUGCUGGAGGGGAACACCAACACAUACCUGGCAAAGACCUCUCAGUUGAGUCCACCCAUCAUAGCGGCCAGGGUGAGGUUCGUGCCUUACAGCGACCACCCUCGUACAGUGUGUAUGAGAGUGGAGAUCUACGGUUGUCGCUACACUGGAGGUCUGGUGUCGUACACGAUGCCUGAGGGUGACCCCCGGGCGGAGACUACAACCUCCGUGACCUACCUACGAUGGGUCUCGCAAGGGGGCUGGCUCUCUGGCGGUCUUAAAGGGCAACUGAGUGAUGGUGAGACUGGUCACACCAACUUCCGUGUUGAUGCUCUGGGACGAGGCAGAGGAUACGAGUGGGUGGGCUGGAAGAACGACUCCCGCCACACACAGAUGGUGGAGAUUACCUUUGAGUUCGACUCCAUCAGGAACUUCUCUGCCGUCCACAUCUACGCUAACAACUUCUUCACCAAGGACACCCAGGUGUUCUCGCGGGCGCGCGUGCUGUUCAGUGUGGGUGGAGAACAUUACCACGUGCAGCCAGCGGUGGAGUUCGAGUACGUGGUGGACCGCAUCUUCGAGCACGCGCGCAAUGUUACCAUCAGACUACACAACGCAGCCGCCAAGUUUGUGAAGCUGCAGCUGUACUUCUCCCUCAAGUGGAUCCUCAUCUCCGAAGUGGCUUUUGAUUCGGUGCCCUGUCGUUGUAAUAUGACGGAGGAAGAAGAGCCAAAGAUGGCAGAGACCCUCAGGGAGGUGGGACAGACUUUUGAAUCUCGUUCCCACCUGUCUCCAGCCACCCCUGAUGACUCCCCGUCGGGGCUGCUCAUUGGUGGACUGGUGACGCUGGGGGUGGUGUUCGGGGUGGUGCCUCUAGUGCUCUGUUUCCUCUAUUACCGAACCAGGCUUCCCCUCGCAAGUGACAAGCAGGAACCCCCGAACAACGCUGCCGAGAACCGCAAGGUGUCUAUGAAGAUGAAGGACCUGCACAUUAAUUUGAGCCUGGCGUCGGUGUCCAACGGGUACUCCAGAGCCAAUGGGAAGCUCUACGGCCACGUUGCUAUGGACGAAGAAGCUGGGUCAUCCUUGUACCAGGAGCCCUAUAAAGCUCAGCUCACCUGUAGCCAAUACAGCCUCGCGAAAUCUGGUGCGUUAUCCGACACGAUCAUCAAGAACCCAUUCCCUCCUGAGACUGAUGAUUCUGUGGACUAUGCAGUGCCUGACCUCAACAUGACCCCUCCGCCCCCAUUUUCAGAGGCCUACUUACCUUCUCUGCCUGCACCAUUCAGCCAGCCUGUGAAUUCACCAGCCACAAUACCCUCACUCAAGGAUCCACCUUCUUGCCCACCCCUACCACCCAUCCCCCCGCCUCCUGAGGAGCAUUACUUUACAGCGUCACAAUUAUGUCAAGCCUCCAGCAUUCAGGGAGUGACAGGCACCGUUAUUUACAGCGAAACGCAUGUCUCUGAUGCCAACUACGAGCGACCAGUGCCAGAGCUGGCCCGCCAUCGCCUUCACCCGAAGGAAGUUCUUGGAGGAGGAGCCUUUGGUGUUGUCCAACUGUGUAGAGUCGACGAUGUUGGCCGCAAUGGCUCACGAAUAGUACUGAUGAAACAGCUCCAUUCCGGAACAAAAGAAGUUUUAAAAAAGGAAUUUAGUCAAGAAGCGAGAACGCUGAGUCACAUUGAUGACCCCAAUGUUGCACGUCUGGUGGGCAUGGUAACCAGGACGGAGCCUUUGUGUAUGUUGAUGGAAUACCUCAUCCAUGGAGACCUCUACCAGUUCCUCAGAAGACACUCGUCUGAGGACACAAUUCUCGGUGGAUCGGGAUCGAAUCGACCUCUUAUAAGUUAUGGAAGCCUUAUUUACAUAGCUAUUCAGGUGGCUUCUGGAAUGAGGCACUUAGAAGCCAUCAAGUUAGUUCACCGUGACUUGGCAACUCGCAACUGCCUAGUUGGAAGCGGUCUCAGUAUUAAGAUCUCAGACUUUGCCAUGAGCCGACCUAUGUUUUCCAGCGAUUACUAUCGGCUGAGCGAAAGCCAGGCUCUCUUGCCCAUAAGGUGGAUGGCUUGGGAAUCUGUCUUACAGGCCCGGUUCUCCACCAAGAGUGACGUGUGGGCGUUCGGAGUGACGCUGUGGGAGAUCCUGACGAUGGCACGCCAGCAUCCCUACGAUGAGCUGAGUGAUGAUGGAGUGCUGGAGAACGUGUCUCACUGCUACCAUGGUGACGGAUCCGGCAUGAUGGUGCUGCCUCAGCCUCCUCUUUGUCCCCGGGAGAUGUACGACAUGAUGACUGCUUGUUGGAGACCCAACGACCGCCAGCGUCCCCCCUUCUGGGAGAUCCACUUGUUCCUGCAGCGUAAAAACCUGGGUUACACUCUCGACUAUAUUGAGUGAGGUGUUCCUCCUUAUUUAGAGUGCUCGUGCAGUGUAGAAAACUUUGACUUUGGCAACGGCCUUGGGUUAUUCAGUGAAAGGAUGUUUGUUCCUUAUCUUAGGAUAUCAAGUGCCAAACUACAUCAUCGACUGCUUUGUGCUAUUUAAUAAAGAAGCUGAGAAAUCCUAGUGUUUUAGUAGGAGAAAAAUCUUUUAAGUUACACUAUAGAGUGUUUACUCUUAAGAUGAGAAGUGAUUUGGCAUGUAAGUAGAAGCGUAAACUGACAGUACUUACACUCAGGAGACUUUAAUUAGUUAAGACUAAAUUAAAUCACAUACUGAUGGCAGGUCCCGGCCUGGGGAAGACCAAAGCGUCGGGUUGUUGUUGUGAUACUCGUCUGGACAAAGUCCUGACACGGGCCCUAAUCUUUCGAUGGCUGUUUUUAUACACAUGACGCCAGGUUCACCACCCAGAGGCAUUUAUAUUGUGAUUCUGUUGACUCAUAUUUUGAUACAGAAAUGUUUUACCGUGAGAUGGAGCUGUGAAUCGCCUGUGAUACCCUAAUAAAGAGUACUACAGCCAAAUGUAAAAAGAAUAGAAUGAAGUUACUCCGUAAAAAUGCUACGUAAUAAUCCUGGUUUAGGAAAUUUCGAACCUUGAUCUAGAUAUAGGAACAUUAGAAAGGCGAAAAUCUACAGCAGCCUACUGGCCCAUACUAGGCAGGACCUUCUCAAAUCCAAACCCACUAACAAAAAUAUUUGCCUAUGUGGUUUCACAUAAGCCAGGGCGUAUGUAACCUACCCGAGAGAGGACAAUCAGUUACAUUAAGCAGAACCCGAAGGAAAAUAUGAACCUAGGUGGUGCAUCAUGAUCACUGCAUUCCUCCCACUGAUACUGUUACAAAGCUCGAGUAUCAGGUGCCAAGCCGUGAAGCAAAUGCAGGUGCCAUCCAGGGGACGAAAGUUGUAAUACUUGUAUCCAGCUUUCUGUCAGCUUUAUAUUUGUAAAUAUCUGUGCUCCUAAGCUAUUUGCUAUUUUUUUUCAUGUGAGGUAUGGACAACAACGCGUGUAGCGACGUCUUACUAGCAUUGUUGCGUGAUUAACAAGGCUGUAAUAGACGUAAGGGAGAAAAAUCGACGGUACUUUAAGACGUUAGUUCUGAUACCUUAUAUACAAUGAUCCUUCAUAUACCUUAUACCUUAUAAACAAUGAUCACCGUUGAUCAUAUAUAUCUUGGUGCAAAACAAGCACAGGGAGAGUUGAAUGGUAGCUCUAGGCCUUUCGUGAUGCAAUCAACACAUCAGGAGCUUGCAAUGUUGCAGAAAUGAGUUAGAGAGCUCAGCAGAUUCGCUCAGAGGGUCGCUCUUGCAAGAGCAUCCUGAACGAAUCUGCCGAAAUCUUACUCACUGCUGCAACAUUGCAAGCUUCUGAUGUGUUGAUUGCAACACGAAAGGCCUAGAGCUAUCAUUCAACUCCCCCUGUGGUUGUUCUGCAUCUUGCAUCGUUUGAUUGCGAUUCUUGCAUAUAUCUUGGUAUCUUUAUCUGAUUAUCUUAAAUCAAGUUCAACAGCAAUAAUUACUCACUUAAAGGUUAAUUUGGUAUCAUGUACCACUCAUCUCAAGGGAUACGGAUGGGCUUUUGAUCCAAAGAGUUACAGGUGCCCUUCCCUUGGACCAAACCUGAUUACCUCCCACAACCCUGGCUCUGUGUGGCCCCUGCUGGCUUUGCGCUUCCCGUAAUCAACAGCGCUUGCUUGCAAGUAGUCGUGUGUAAAUAAAAGGCAUUUGUUUUUGCUUUUGUUUUUCUAUGUUUUUUGUACUGACGAGAAUGGUGAUAAAUAAACAAUAGCAAGAACGUGUGUUUUUCUUU